GAAAUCAGGAUCCAGACUGCUGUGUGGAGAAACUCUUGGUCUUCACGUGAAGCUCCACCAGAGCUGCUGCUGCCUCCAGAGUGGACUGUUUGGAGAGCUGAGAACUGCACCAUGGCCUCCUCUAAGCCCAUAGGCAGGUUCUGGGAGUGGGGCAAGAACAUCUUCUGUGUGGGGAGGAAUUACGCCGCCCAUGCCAAGGAGUUGAAGAAUGCCCUCCCCGCUGAGCCGCUCUUCUUCCUCAAGCCCUCUUCGGCCUACGUCAGGGAAGGCCACCCCAUCAUCCAGCCCUACUACUGCGAGAAGCUGCACCACGAGGUGGAACUGGGCGUGGUGAUUGGGAAGAGAAGCCAGGCCGUCCCUCAGGAAGCAGCCAUGGGUCACGUGGCAGGCUACGCUCUCUGCCUGGACAUGACAGCCAGGGAUACUCAGGAGGAGUGCAAGAAGAAAGGGCUCCCUUGGACUCUGGCCAAGGGAUUCAAUACCUCCUGUCCGGUGAGCGACUUCGUGCCCAAGGAGAAAGUCCCAGAUCCGCAUCGGUUGAAGAUCUGGCUAAAGGUGAAUGGGGAGUUACGGCAAGAAGGGAACACGUCCGCCAUGAUUUUCACCAUUCCGUACCUCAUCAGCUACAUCAGCGGAAUUGUCACCUUGGAAGAAGGGGAUAUCGUCUUAACGGGAUCCCCCGAAGGAGUUGCGGCUGUGCAAGAGGAGGAUGAAAUAGAAGCCGGGAUUGAGGGGCUGCUGAGCAUACGCUUUCAGGUAGCGCGGCAGAAAAGCCGGCCCUGAUGGGUGGAAGAUCCUUUUCUCUGGAAACACCCAGGGAGAUUAUACUCUAUCAUCCAGGUCAGGGUUGUCCCAAAGGUGCUUUUUCAAAAAUAUCAACUGGACUUUCUUGGUUUUUCCUUAAAAAGACAUUUCACUUCGAAGACUAAAAAGCACCCUUGGGACUUUUCUCUGGAAGAAAAAAGAGGGUCGUACAAAGGGCCAGAUUUCUUCCCCAUCCCCCAAUAGUAGGCUUUCAGGAGAGUCUCCAAUGAUAUGUCCUUCUCUCUCACAGAGUGCCACCUACAGAGAUCCCAACCUAUUGUGUACCAGAUAAAGUGACUUUAUUUCCAUAUAAGAUUGACCAGAAUAUAGCAAUAUGCUGACAAACAUAUACCAGUUGCCUAGUUGGAGCAGGUAAACAGACCUUAACACUUGAAUCCUUUUGCUAUGGCUUGCAAAUAAGAUAUCCAGGUUGUUUCCUUUUGGCAAGCUCAAGUUUAGAAGCUAUAUUGGUUGUCUAUUUUCUAUUCCUGGCUUGUCUGGAAAAGGCCAGCCUGUAGCUAUAAACAGAAAGCCUAAAUAUUUUUUAAGACCACAAAACACUUAGUAUCCUAUAGUUAUAAUCUACCUUCCUUAAAACCAAGUAAUGAAGGAAUUUUGCAGCCAAUUAUAUUGUUUAAAAAUAUAUUUUAUAUGAUGAGAUUUUAACAGCAUUUUGAAAUGAACCCAAAAGUUGUCUUUUUGCUUCUGUGAAUAAAUGCCAGUCAGUUCAUAAUA